AUGCAUGACAUGGCUAGGUGGGGCAGCUACGGCAUUUACGUCAAUGGUAUCGGCAACUUGAUCAUCAUUGAUGAGGGAGAAAAUCCUCAUACGGUUGUUCCAUGGAAUAGCUGGGUCUUUACUACACUAGCUACGUGCAUCAACAACGGCAUCCAAGUUCUCGAAACUCCACAGGGACGCGCUGCUCUGUUCAAACUAGGCAAUCUCGUUGUGCAGGAAUGGGAAAAGGAAGGACGGUGGGUAUUUGGCGGUUACCUAGCCAAGAUGACCUACUACGUUGACCAUUUCCUCACAGCCGUCAGACGAGACUUCCCUUUUGUCAAACUUCAACGGAUUGACCAUACCACUCUCGCGGAGACGGUCCGCUUAAAUCGUAGUGAAGACAGCGACAUGCUGUGGUGGGACGGCGAUCUGGAGAAUUAUCAGCCCAAAUUAGCUGCACGGAUGAGCUUCCAGCGCACGAUAAUCCUUCAACUAGCCCAAGCAGCCGAUCUUGCAAACCGUCCUGCCAAAAGCGCAUCCGAAGCACGCAAGGUAAGCCAACACUACAAGAGCCUUCUCUUCCGUAUCUCUAUGGCCGUGGCCCACGAGCUAGCCCAUUUCUUCGUCGCCUAUCUCGCUCAAAGAGAUACCCCAGACAUGGCGAAUUACACGCCCACGAAUGUUACCGUUCUCAACCACGGAGUCUUUGACAAUGUUCAGGACUUUACCGCCAGGUCUGGCUCCUCUUCCAGCGACCAUUCUGAUGACUGGUGGGUAUCAGGAGAAUCAGGGUCCUGGAUGGAAAAUGAGCUCUUCGGCGGGCUGAUCGAAGCGCUUUAUGACCCUCAGGUUCCGGAACUUGAUCCAGAACGACCAAUUUCCACUUCCCCCUCCAAUGCGAAGGCCCCGUCCACUCCGUCAGCGACUUGGGCCUUCGGUUAA